AUGACUCCUAUGAGUGAUUACCCUACCAUGCAACCAGAGCCUACUUUCAGUCGUGUGACGGCAGGUCGCAUAGCAGAGGUUAAUUGUGGUAACCACCGUUCUGCGAAGCAGCAGCGUGCGUCAUGUCAUCAUUCCCGUUCCAUGAAUACUGCAAUUUCGCAAUCUAUCAACAAUAGCGUGAACACUACCGCAGGGACUGCCCCUACCUCUUGUUCUCGUUCCGCUAUUCCUGCUGCUACACAACAACGGCACACAAACUUUCAAAAUUCUGCCAUUACCAAUGAUGGCAUGAUCCCUUCGGCAUUUGCGCAGCCUGUAUACAGGCCUUCUGUAUCCAUUAAAUACUCCCAGUUUAUUGACAUCGCCACGAACAUCGGCUACAUGACACCCUUUGAGGUACCUGAGGGGAAUACUCUUUUGAAGGGGCCCGCAUCUACACCCGUUGACGCUUCGUCUGCGGGGCUCAAAGAGAAAAGCCAUACCACCAAUGUCGACCAAAUUAGUACCAGCGGUAGUUUCGAGGAGCCUUCCGCGGCUGUUUCACACAACAUUAUUCGUGCAAAUCCACAGUCCGCAUGCAAUUAUCCAACUUCUCAGCAGCUGCUGUCAGCCCCGGCGUCAGCCCCACGACAGGCGCUGUGGCCCCAGCGGACCGUGUCGCCGCAGCCGGCCACGCAGUUCUGUCAAAACCCACGAGAGCGAUCCAACCACAGUAGCAGGAGCGUAGAAUCCAAGAGCAAGGAGGAGUCGGUGGUCAUUGAAGAGAAAGAUAACCACCUUUCCACACAUACUGACGUACUGUCGGCAACAGUCGCCCGCUCGCUAUCUCCACAUCCCGCACCCAAGCGUCGAGGCACCGGCGCGGUGGAGAUGGCGUCUGGCCUUGCUCUGGACGGUACCCCUCUACACCAAACCACCAAGCUUCGCGCGGGUUCCCACCAACAGCACACAAAUGCCUCUAUCCUCUCUUUUUUUAUGGGCAUGACUGCGUCCACAAAGACAGUGAACACGCCCAUGGCUCAAGACGCGCGUUGCGCUUACCACCACCACGCUGAAGGAGACGAGGACGAUGUAAGGGUGUGCUUGAAUUCGAAGCUCGUAACCCCGCAGGGGUCACGCCUCCUUCCGGAUGACAGCAGUUGCGGCGUGGGCAUGGUCAACACCCCGACUCUCGCUCGUAGUCUUCUGACGGAACCGAACUCAGGUGUAGGUAACCCUAAACCCACUAAGGAGCCGACGACAACUGCCACAACGCAUCUGAACGGUGUUAUGCAAAAGUUGCUUCACCAUAUCCAAACAAAAAAGACACUCGAGCAUAGGUCGACAACCGAUUCUACUUAUGCUCAAGAGUUUUCUGAGGUGUGUGUGCCAUCGUCUGCAUCGAUAAAUUUUGCCUCGGCCGCUACUUGCUCGGUAUCGGGCCUUGAAGCUAGGAAUGAGACCAAAUCAAGCGACUUAGCGGUGGACUUUCACGCUAAAUCAAGCCUCGCUCCGAUCACAGAAUUCAACAGACAGGGAAUGCAGCGUGGCGGAUCCCGUCAAAACACUGGCAAAGAGGGCCGGCAGCCGCCAAGACAGAAGCAUCAGCGUGAUAAAAAAGGAAGUCAGCCUGAUGCCAUUCUUCGGGUUCGCCCCCCAGCGCAACCAAACACCCGGACCAACGAAAUGCCCGUCAACGAAAAGACCACCACCCGGUGGCUUCACAACUGCGAUGACAGCAAGAACGCCAAAGGGAACGGCGACUCGAUCGUCAGUCGGUCCCUUCAGCCAUCUUUGGAUUUAAUGAGCACUCCCGCCUUGCAGGGCCCCACCGACAUUGUUGAGCCCCGUCCCGCGAAUCUCCGUCGCACUCCGCAGCCCCCGCCCUCCGCCUAUCCCAUGGAGGCCUCCUCUUCCUCGAUCGCGUCGCUGCGGGCUUCGGUCGAAAGUCCCUCUCCGCAGCCCGCCUUCCCCCCACGGCCGCGUGAAAAAAAGCGUCCGGGGAUGGACCUGCCCUCCCCCCAGCUGGACCCCUCCACGGGCGAUCCCAAGAUCUACUCCAUCCUCCUGGAGGGGCACAUGCAGCAGCGGGUUGUCGCCUUGUCCUGCGUGCCCUUCGCGUCUGAGGUUUGCGUGCUUUUCGAGGGCGAUCGCGGGAUGGAUAUGGGGCGGGUGGUGAGGUGUGAGGAGGCGGACGAAACGCUUGGCAUGGCCAAGGAGGGCGAUCCCAAGGCGGGCAAUGAGAAGCCGAAGAAAAAGCGCUCCCACCCGUUUGUCCUUCGCAUCGCGACCACGGAGGAGCAGAACGAUUGGCUGUACAAGCAGGUGGAAGAGGCGCAAAGGACGAUCCAGCCCUGCCGCGAGGCCGUCGAGAGCCUCGGCCUCCCGCUCACGAUCGUCAAUGCGGUAUACCAAUUUAACCAAGAGAAAUUGACCUUUUACUACGAAAGCGACGUGCGGGUGGACUUUCGGCAACUUUUGCAAGUGAUGUUCGCAAGGUUUUAUUGCCGAAUCUGGAUGGAGCGCGCCACCCCAUUGUCGCCCACCCCUGCAACCGGAGGCGAAGACAGCACUGACGAUGAAAAGCCCACCACUAGUUGCAACAGCUAA